AUAACCAAGUUGAAAAUCGACAGCAAYCCUUUUGCCAAAGGUUUCCGAGAUUCGUCGAGGUUGACCGAAUUCGAAAGGGAAACGAUGGAGUCGAUGUUGAGCGAGCACCACAUGCUCAGAACGCCGUUGUUGGACCCGGGCGGCGGCCUCAGCCAGCUGACGGCAGAAGAACGGGCUGUGCUGGCGGCUAGAUCUCAGCUGUUCCUGCGGGCGGCGGCSGCCGCGGCCGCAGUGAGUGGCCCUUACGGUCCGCUGUGCGGGAUAUAUAACGCGGCCGCGGCGGCAGGCGGCCAACACCUGUGGAAUCAGUGGGCGUCGAUGCAAGGCCCGGCCGGCCUUUACCAGCAGUUGGCCGCGGCCGUUAUGGCACGAAUAWGAAAAAGAACUAUUAACAGAGGAACUGACAAUGAGGUUAUGAAGAAACCUGCAGAUAUGUGCAUUAAUGAAAGCAAAUCAGUACGGUCAUUUGCUAGAGAAUUUGAAAUUUGCCAUGUUAGUUUGAAUCAAAAUUCAAUCAUUCAAAAAUCAAAAAUCAAAAUUUGUCAAAAAAUUAAGAGCUA